ACAAGUCUCAGACGAACGGUGAAUAUAUUGAAUUGGAGCAGAGAACCUGAGUGAUUACUAGGCACGACCGUGUGUUUGUUUGGUUGCCGCGCCUUUCCCUGACCUCCACUCCUUGGCCCCCCGCAACUCUCCACCUCAACUCCACACCCACUCUCACAUCCUCCUUUCUACCAUCACUGAUCGACUUGCCCACGAUGAAGACGCUCCAGGAGCAGCAUGCGCUCCUCAAGUUCUGGGCUGAUGGUACUGACUUCGUUCUCGAUGCGCACAAGUCUCCCAAGGCUGAGUUUGCUCGUUUGGCGCAGCGGAAGCGCUGGAUAGGCGGUGAUGCGAACUGGAAGACUCACUGGCAGGCAUGUUUUGAAGAGGCGUACUCGUAUGGUGUUGGUCGUAAGUUUUUGUUGUGUCUGCCCAACUCAGAGAUAUGUUCUUAGCGAAUAUUGUAAUGUACACCUGGCGAGAUGAGGCUGAUCAUACUGUAGGAGCGCCUACCACUACAGCCACC